GGUCGAGAUGUGCGUGAGGCAGACGUGACGUCUCCUCGCAUCGCCAAGCGCAAGGCCACCGAUUCAGAGCAGCUUGCAGAUGCCGCCAGCCCUGGAGCCUUGUCCCAGCCUCGCGCUGGGGACGUUCAGCUCUCCCUCUUCGUGAAAUUCAGGAAGGUGUCUACUGAGGCCCGAUUCUUCCCGCCACCACACACUGAGCUAUGGCCCGCUUCGCCCCCCAUGCAGCCGCAGCGGAUCCAAUCAAACGCCUCUUCCCCUGGGCCGCCCACACACACUUUUCCCUCGACCGCUGAUGUUCCUGCACACAUGUCCGACCUCUCCGGCAUGCACACCUCAAAUGCAGCAUCUGUUCACAGCCCUAAUCGUACUUCCAAUAACACUUAUAAUGUAGCAUCUAAUCUUAACUCUAUUCUUUCUGUUAUUCCCGUCUCUAAACUUGCACUCAAUCCCACUGCUUUUCUUGUAGUUUCACACACUUCUAUUCUGAGAAAAAACACUGCCCGCACUACUCACUUUAACCCCCCAAAUGUGUUCGGCCUUGCCAGACCUCACGACUACAACUUUCCUCCCAUUUGCAUAUCUCGUCUUCCUCUCACUCACUUCUCUGGCCUUGUUCCCGCUCACACCUUCAUCGUUGCCCCCAUUCAAUAUAUAACCCUAGCCCCCACUGAACCUUCUAGUUUUGCCCACGCUCCAACUUCUAUCCUUGUUCCCACUCAACGUUCCAGUCUUGUGCCCGCUCCAGCUUCUAGUCUUGUGCCCGCUCCAGCUUCUAGUCUUGCGCCCGCUCCAGCUUCUAGUCUUGCGCCCGCUCCAGCUUCUAGUCUUGUGCCCGCUCCAGCUUCUAGUCUU